CACGAAAUACUUGGAAAAAUGUCUUAAAACAAAAACACCCACAGCUCAUAAUCAACUCUCACAGUGUCACGCACACGCACCUACCUUCUUUCUAUACAUAUCUGUCUGUAUAUCUCUACUCUCUCUCUCUCUCCAACAAUCAAAGCCUCUGUUAAAAAUGGGUCAAAGCCUCUUGGAAGCUCUGAACGUCCGGGUCAUCGGCACCGGCGAGAAAACCCUCGUCCUAGCCCACGGAAUGGGCACCGAUCAAUCGGCGUGGCAGCGCAUUCUCCCCUAUUUCACCCCCUACUACCGCGUCAUUCUCUACGACCUCGUCUGCGCCGGCAGUGUCAACCCCGACUUUUUCGAUUUCCGCCGAUACACCACUCUCGACGCCUACGUCGACGACCUCCUCCACAUCCUCGACUCCCACAACGUCGAUCGCUGUGCCUACGUCGGCCACUCCAUCUCCGCCAUGAUCGGAAUCCUCGCCGCCAUUCGCCGCCCCGAACUCUUCACCAAACUCAUCCUCAUCGGCGCCUCCCCAAGAUUCUUAAAUGAUAGAGAUUACCGUGGUGGGUUCGAGCAAGCUGAGAUCGAGAAACUGUUUGCAGCAAUGGAGGCCAAUUACGAGGCGUGGGUCAACGGGUUCGCUCCGCUUGCGGUGGGAGCCGAUGUUCCGGCGGUGGUACGAGAAUUCAGCCGGACUCUGUUCAACAUGAGGCCCGAUAUCUCGCUCUUCGUGUCUCGGACGGUAUUCAACAGCGAUUUGAGGGGGUACUUGGGCCUAGUUAAAGUCCCCUGUUGCAUAAUCCAGACAGCCCGAGACGUCUCGGUACCGGCCUCGGUGGCGGAGUAUCUGAAGAACCACCUUGGAGGGCGGACCACGGUGGAGACGCUGCGGACGGAGGGCCACUUGCCUCACAUGAGUGCUCCGGCGCUGCUUGCUCCGGUGCUCCGGCGAAACCUCCCACGGUGAGUCUAGUUUAUAUAUAUAUAAAAAAAAAAAAAAAUGAGACCACACGGUAAGUAAAUGUGGGGACUACGUGUAUUAUAUAUGAUAGGAGUGAGGCCCAAGAGCACUCUUGCUAAUAAGGGUGGUGAUGUUGACACCUGGCGAAUAAGUUGUGGACAGGACACCAGUCCUUUUGUUUUGUGUAUGGGGUUUAAAAAAUCAAAUGGUCUUCUUUGAGGAUAAGGAUCUGCACGUGAUUUUCACGUGAUGACGUA